UUAUUACUUGGUGGAAAAAACAAACCCAGAUGAGACAAUCAACGUGCCAUGAUCCCUGUCAUCAUUCUUAUAGUACUCACUAAUUCUAUAAUAAUACAUAAUUAAAGAUGCCUUCCCUUUCGUUUUAAAGCUAAACCAACCCUUGUAAUCUCCUACUCUCAUGGACAGCUUAGACAGCACAAAAGUCCGAGCUGAUGACCAAUUCCAAACAGAAACUUUCCAAGAAAAUAAAGAGAGAAUUAGUGCCAUGAGAAAAGUGAACAGCAAUAAUAUUAGUGGGAAAAGGUUCCUUGGAGUGAGACAAAGGCCAUCAGGAAGAUGGGUUGCUGAGAUCAAGGACUCUUCACAGAAGCUGAGGUUGUGGUUAGGGACUUUUGAUAAAGCAGAGGAGGCUGCAUUGGCUUAUGAUAAGGCUGCUAGGCUUCUAAGAGGAAGGAAUGCAAAGACCAACUUUCCAUGUCACAUCAUGAAUACCCAUGAAGAAAAUUGCAGCAUCUUGAGAAAGAAUCCGAAGCUUUAUCAGCUCCUUCAGCAUGCAAUCAUGAAGAACCAUGCAAUUGCAAGAUCCUCGUCUAUGAAGAUUAAUCCAUGGGAUCGAAACCAAAUAAGAGGAAUCGAUUUCGAUACACUUGUUGAAGAAACAAUAGUUUGUUCUUCAAGUGGUAAUACCUCUGGUCAAGAUCAUGAUGAUCAUGAGGAUAGAAAUAAGCUUUGUGCACUUUCAUUUGGUAGUUGUAAAGUUUAUUCCUCUGUUGUUGUAGCUCCUUCUUUCAGUGCUUCUUCUCAAACUCAAUGUCAACAGGCGCAUGAAGAAAAAGGUUAUCAAGAGGCUUAAUUAUAUAUUAUUCACUUUGUCAGCUCUGUGUUUCGUCAUAGCUUAGCUAAGCAAAUUGGGUUGUUAAGGGAUCUUUAUUUCGUGAUCAAUCAUCAAUAUGAGAAACAAGAAAACAAUUCAAGGUACUCCUUGUAAUUAAACUGUGUUAUUUUGUUAUUUUUGAGUUUGGAAAUGAUUAAUUUA